AUGAGUGAGCAGGGGAAGAUCGGAAUGGACCUGAAAACGGAUACCGCCAUAGACUAUCCUUCACUUUCCGCGGCAGAUACGUCACACCCAUCUCAAGAUAGACCGUCUGACGCUGAAGAUGAGGAUUUGGAAGAAAAGGCGCUCGUUGAAGCCUAUCAAUCGAAGAAUUUCUGCAGCAGAUAUUUUCUAGAGUUCGUCCUAUUCCUCUACACCCUCGGAACGAGUCUUUACAUCUUUCCGUUGACUAAUCUCGUUAGCGAAAAAUUAUGCCUCUACACUUACCGAUACAACGAAUCUCUCUGCACGGAGCUGCAGAAGGCACACAACACUAUAAAGGACCCAAUCCUCAGCGACACUCAGUUCUAUGGUUUCAUCAUCGACGCCGUCAUGAACGUUCCUGGCAGCUUCGCCGCUCUAGUUUCGGGGAACUAUCUCGCCACUUACGGAUUCAAGGCACCUCUGAUGAUCACACUGAUCGGAAGCAUCGUUUCCUGUCUCUGCCAACUUACCACGGUUAUCAUUAUGCCGGCACCGGUUUAUUUCAAUUUGCUGGCGGAGAUACCCGGAGCGAUCACAGGCGGAGGGGUGUUGAUGUUGACGGUGACAUACUCAUAUGUUGCUUUGCGAGUCCCCCGAUCGUUGCAGUCGGAACGGAUCAUGUUGGUGGGCGUAUUCGUGGGAGUCGGGCUCUUUCUGGCUGCACUCGGUGGUGGUGCGCUAGCCAAGUCGAUUGGAAUGAAGUUACUCACGAUCAUCUGCGCAACGUUCCUCGUAUUACCGACAGGCCUUGUUCUCGUUUACAUCAAGGAUAUCCAGAUCCCUGAGGAAAACAGAACAGAUUCCUGGUAUCAGGCUCUGUGGCACAACAUUCGGGACGGCUUCGGAACUGCAUUCGAAGUCAUUUCGCAGGAGCGACCGGCCAGAAGACGGGAACAGAUAGUGUGCCUAUUGAUGUGCUUCGCAUGUGCAUUUUUCGGAUUGGGAAGUGCCAGUGGCCCGCUCGCUUUCGCCUACGCGGAGAGCGUACUCCAAUUCGAUCAGGCUAUAUUCGGCUUGUGGAACGGGAUUGGGCUUGGAGUCAUCUUCGUCGUCGUGUUCCCUCUGAUUGCGCUCACUAACAGAUUGAAAUUGAGUCCUCCCGUGAUCAUCGCUGGAGGAGCCUCUUUCUUCAUGAUGAAAUUCGCCAUGCUCACCUUCACGGAGUUCUUCCACAUACUUUUCUACAUACAGCUGUUCAUCGGCCUUCCUUUCUAUGUUUCGCUCGUGUCGAUGCGUGCGUACAUGACCGAUCUUCUAGAUCUUUCGGAGGUCCCCGUGGUCAUGGCAAUCCUGGCCGCUUUCGAGAAGAUUUUUCCCGUGAUCAGUGGCGUCCUCGCCACGAUUGUGUAUCAUCAUACGAAUUCCAGCUUCCCGGGCUGUUUCUUCCUCAUCUUAACCGUGAACUACGCGAUCCUCGUCGGAUUGGGAUUGUAUUGUGGAGGACUCGCGCGGAAGGACGAGAACAACAAAAGCAACGCGGAGUCGAUGGACUCAUCGGAACAGCUCGUUGUAGAAUCCAACGAAAGUCACAGAUUGCCGCCGGGCAGUCUCGAGAACUCCCAGUCCGGACUCGACCCCGCUCGUUCAAAGGACAGAGACACACACACCCUGGCUCUAUCAUGGGUAGAUUCAAUGCGAGCCUCCUAUGAUGGAUCCGUGCGAGUCAUUGACGAAACUUCGGAGGAGAAGCGUCGAGUCGAAGAAUAUCAGUCUCAGGGGCUUCUCCAGAGAUAUUUUCUUGAAAUUGUUCUCUUCCUUUAUUGCUUCGGCACUCAACUCCAUCUCGUCCCAUUGAUAAACUUCAUCGGAGAGAAAGUCUGCAUGAAUCAAUACGGGCUCAAUGCGACGUAUUGUGCAGAUUUCGAGAACGGGGACGACAUAAUAAAGAAUGCCAUUCUUGCCGAUACUCAGUUCUACGGAUUGCUCCGAGAAGCUCUCGGGAACAUCCCUGGUGCGGUCGCUGCCCUGGUAGCGGGGAGAUAUCUGACUCGCUACGGCUUCAGAGCCCCACUGGUAGCGACCUUGUUGGGCAGUAUCUUAACUUGUUUCGCACAAAUCUACACAGUGCUGCAGAUGUCUUCUCCUGUUUAUCUGAACGUGCUUGCGGAGCUGCCGGGCUCCAUAACAGGGGGAACAAUCCUCAUGCUCACCGCCGCGUACACCUAUGUCGCUCUCAUGGUACCCCAAUCCUUGUACAUGUAUCGUAUCACCAUGGUGAGCGUCUUCGUUGGCGUGGCCCUUCUGCUGGCGGUGUUUCUCGGUGGAGCACUCGCGACGGCUAUCGGAAUGGCGGCUCUCGAGAUAGUGUGCGCAAUUUUUCUCGCGAUUCCAACCGUCUUGGUAAUCGUCUUCUUCAUUGAUGUCGAUAUCCCGCACGCAAACAGAAGUGACACUUGGCACGAAGCCAUUUGGGUGAGUCUCAAAGAAGGCCUCAAGAAGGGAAUUUCCUCAGUCAUGAAGUCGCGACCGGACUUCAGAAGGGAGCAGAUCACAUCCGUCCUCAUCUGCUUCAUAUGCGCAUACGUCGGGAUCUCAUUAUCGAAUAACGACUUCGCCUUCAAUUACGCAAGGAGCGUGCUGGGUUUGAAUCAAGCGGACUUCGGAGCGCUCAACGGUGUUUCGCUGGGUGUGAGCUUCGCGCUGGUGGUUCCCGGGAUCUUCGUCGUGCAGAAACUCAAAAUCAGUCAUCCGACUGUCAUCGCGUUUGGCUCGGCGUUUUUCGUGCUGAAGUUCGCCUUCUUGACGCUUGCCGACCUUGCGGCGAUCUUCUACUUCAUCCAGCUCUUCGUCGGCUUCCCGUUCUAUCUAUCCCUGAUCGCUAUGCGCGUUUACAUCACGGAGCUGCUAGACCUCGAUGAUGUGCCCGUUUUCAUGGCGCUGCUUGCGUCGAUUGAAAAAAUCGUUCCUCUGGCCAGCGGCGCCCUGGCUACGAGUAUCUUCUACGUGACCCGAGAUACUUUUCCGGGAUUCGCCUACCUGAUUGUGACUGUCAUCUACACAAUUCCCGUAUUCCUCGGACUGUACUGCAAGAUGAUCAUGCGGUGGAAGAAACGAGCCCUCUACGAAGAGUUGUGAAAUCCGCAUGCGAAAAAUGCUCAUGGCUCCUUUUCGCAUUGGGUCACCGACGCCGUGUCCUCCGAACGGUCGUCGAAUUCAGCGUUAAUAUGAACUACUCUAGCGUCCAACCCGUGCUUAGUAUGCCUUGACCUGAUCCGCUGUGGUAGGAGCAAGCACUUGCUUGAUUGCCGGCGACUCGUCUGCUGUCGAGCGACGAAAAGUUGGCGGCAUUUUCAAGAGGCAAUGCUCAAGUAUCC